AUGGGGACGGCCGGCGGCGGAGCAGAGGAGGCGGCAGGCAGGUGGCGGCGGUCUGGUGCAGCGGCAAACGGAGGGCAAGCCGGAGGCGGCGAGGGGCUUUGGUGGAGGGGACGACGAUGGGAGUUCGGAAGGUUGCGGCGAGGCGGAGGCAGCAGUGGGCGGCGUGCGAUCGGAGAAGAAGCGGUGGGGGUGGCGAAGGCGGCCAGGCGGAGCGGCGUGGUGGAAAAAAUGCUCGGACCGGCGGUUGCGAGGGCGGCAAGACGAAGGCGGCGCUGCGGUGGAACGGCGACGGCGGUCGCGGCAAGGACGGGCGGCGCUGUGGACGGCCGCGGUGACGAAGGCGGUGGCAAGGCGGCGAGGCGGGCGGCGACGGCGGACGAAGGCGGUGGCGAGAGUGCUCACGGUGAGGAAGAUGAACAGAGUAAAGGAAAUAAAAUGGAACGACUAGCCUUAAAUGCUACAUAUGGACUUCCAAAACAAGCCAUAGAAAAUAUAGAUCACUUCUCGUAUUAG